AUGCGCUUCUCACUCACCUCACUCGCCCCUCUUGCUGCCCUUGUCGUCCCCGGCCUCUCCGCCACUAUCAACGCCCGCCAGCCGGAAACAGGGAACAACACCAUCCAAGGAAGGGACUACUAUGCUCCGUACAGCCCGUAUGACUGGAAAGGCUGGAAGCCCGGCAAGCGUAACCCAUUUUCCUGCGGAUAUGUCGACAAGGUGACUUAUGAGAUUGACUGCAAGGACCUUUGCUUGGCCCACGACAAUUGCAACUCUUGCCAAGUCUAUACACUUGGGGAAGCGGCCGAGCAGUUUAUUUGUGCGCUCUUCGAGGAAAUCGUUCAUGUCACCACCUGGGAGGAUGACUGUGAGGAUGAUUGGGUCGACGAUUGGGUGUAUUAUAGUUCAUCGUACUAG